UGCUCUUGACUGGAAGCACCAGUAAAACUAUUAAAGACACAACCUGUCAGCAUUCAGUUCAGGGAUCGGCCACUGACUGGCUGUUGGCUCUUUAAGAAGCUCUUCAGUCUGCUCAGGACGCAGAAAGACUGCGGUGAAAAACCAAAAAUGUCUAGAGAAAGACUAAAGAGGGCCUUGAGUCGGUACGUCACUGAUACUCUGACUUACAUGGCAACAGCGAAAUAUUUUUAUGACAGGUUCUCUCAAUGGAAGGAUUGGAGAGAGAAAGAAUAUACGCAAAUGAUGAGCAUCAAAGAAAAGAUUCUCAAAAUAGAUCCCAGUUUCACCAUGUCAGAGGGUAAACACCGAAAAGGUUCUAACUACCUGAAGAGUCAUUUCCAGUUCCAUAAAAAGAGCAGACAUAAAAAACGAGAAAAUGAGCUGGCUGACGUGUUGGAAGACACACUGAGAGGUCUGGAGGAACUCAACACUUUCUUAGAAGCAAUAGAGAAGCUGGCCGUCACUUCGCUCCAGGUGUUUUCUAAGAACCAGAUUGUUUACCGUGGUAACAGGAUCAACUUAGAUCAUGUUGAAAAUAUGAUCAGCACUGCACAGGAAAUCUGUCAUCUCCUCCUGACAUUCAAAAGAGAUGCAAAGUCCUUCUUCCUCCCUGACCUUCACAACGUGGAGAUUCUGGCAAGCUGCCUGCGAACUUACAUAGACACCGCCAACGAGAUCUGUGUGGUUCUUGGAGCUAGCUUUGUCUUUCACAGCUUUGACUUUGAGAUGUGCUUGAAUAUUACCGAUGAGGUGAAUACUGAUUAUCUGUAUGAAGACGACAUUCAACAGAUGAUAAAUCACAUUGAGCAACUUGACAAGAUCAGAAUUAAGAAGAAAAAAUUUCUUCCACAGAAUGGAUGAAAACUUUCGGAUGGAAUUCCUGUUCCAGGAGGGCUCUUCAGAAGAGUUCGUCAAUAUGUUUGAUAGUAAACGAGAUACAAUGCAAGACUUUCUUGAUAAGCUGAAGCAGUGUGCUGACAAGUUAGACAGGAUGGACAAAGGCACAAAGAUCUCCAAUGUUGCAGGUAGCUCAGUGAAAGCAAUUGCAUCAGUUCUCGCCAUUGUUGGUUUGGCAUUAGCUCCAUCUACAGCAGGAGCAGCUUUAGGGCUGACAGUGGCUGGUGGGUCAUUGGGGAUAGCAAGUGAAGCCAACAGUUUGGCAGCCAACACAGCAGGGCUUGUGGUCAAUCGUAACCAUCAGAAAACUGCAAAUACAGUAUUUCAAGAUUUUAUGGAGGACUUUCAAAACAUCCAGGAAUAUCUCAAUGAUGGGAUAAAACACCCAACAGUGAAUCUGAAACAGAGCAAGAUGGAUGUGGUUAAGGGAGUAACCAAGGGCGCUUUAAAUAUACGCGCCAUAGAAAAGGGUAUCAAGUUAAUCAGAAAUUAUAAACCUUUAUGUAGGAAAGCUGCUGUGAAAGGUAGAGUUAAAGAGCAUGUUGGACCUUUUAAGGAAUUUGGUAAUUUUGCAAAUUACCUUUUUAAUUUUGGCUGUAAUAUCUCCUCUGUUGUCAAAGACAGCAUGAGUCUGGCCAAAGGCAGUGAGACUAAACUCUCAAUGUUUCUCAGAAUCAGACUGGCAUUGUUUCAUACACAGAUAACGUCUUGGGCUAAGAUCUGUGAGUCUCUGAGGAAAAGCCAAAGUACCCAAGAAGAAAACAGAAAUAUGCUCAAAAAGCCAUUUUAUCCGGUGACACAGACCAAACAUCAAACACGCCAAUCCUUGCAGGAUCGUGAGGAAAGCUUUUAUUCAUCUCCACCAGUCACUACGCGAUAUGUGGGUUAUGCUCAGAACACAGCGCCAUUCCAAUACACAGGAAUACAGAGACCAAUAAGAGAACCAAUCAUGCACUCACCAUUUGACAACUAUUAUCAAACGCGCCAAUCUUUGCAGAAUCGUGAGGAAAGCUUUUAUUCAUCUCCACCAGUCACUACGCGAUACGUGGGUUAUGCUCAGAACACAGCGCCAUUCCAAUACACAGGAAUACAGAGACCAAUAAGAGAACCAAUCAUGCACUCACCAUUUGACAACUAUUAUCAAACACGCCAAUCCUUGCAGGAUCGUGAGGAAAGCUUUUAUUCAUCUCCACCAGUCACUACGCGAUACGUGGGUUAUGCUCAGAACACAGCGCCAUUCCAAUACACAGGAAUACAGAGACCAAUAAGAGAACCAAUCAUGCACUCACCAUUUGACAACUAUUAUCAAACGCACCAAUCUUUGCAGAAUCGUGAGGAAAGCUUUUAUUCAUCUCCACCAGUCACUACGCGAUACGUGGGUUAUGCUCAGAACACAGCGCCAUUCCAAUACACAGGAAUACAGAGACCAAUAAGAGAACCAAUCAUGCACUCACCAUUUGACAACUAUUAUCAAACACGCUAAUCUUUGCAGGAUCGUGAGGAAAGCUUUUACACUACGCGAUAUGUGGGGUACAUCUUGGAGAGGAAGCCAUUACAAUGCACGGCCACACAGACACUGACAAGAGAACCAAUCAUGCAAUCACCCUUUAACAACUAUUAUCAAACACGCAGAUCCUUGGAGUAGAGUACGAAAACCUUUACUUGGUCACUAAGUGAUUGGGUUACCCACAGGACACGGUGCCAUUCCAACACAUGGGAAUACAGAGACCGAUAAGAAAACCAAACAUGCACAUAUCAACACAACUAUUUUCAAACAUACAGAUCUUUGCAGAUCUGCAUAUGAAACUAAAUGAACUAUUUCAGAUAAAUUUUCUUUCUGAUCUCCUGCACUUUUCAUAUGAUUUUUCAAGCACUUCCACUAGAGGGCACUUUUACACCAAAAUAUAUAAAAAGAAGAUCUUAUUCUAAAAGAAAUUUCUAAGUAUACAAUAGUCAUACACAAUGAUAAUGCUAAAAUAUUACAUUUUUGACUUUUAUGUGUCCGUUUUAACAAUAACUUAUUUUAAAACUACUCAGUUAAAAUUUUGAUUUGUUCAUUUGCUGUAAAAUAUGUAUAGUCGCAUUCAAUAAAUUGACAUGUGUUAAGAUGAGGCUUGCUAAUCAGGUUAGCAGCAUAUUUGAGAAUGACAACCUUUAACCAGGAAUUAAACAUACAUUUCGUAUCUGUACUAAUUAUUUUUAAUGAUCUUAUGUGAUAUAGUUAUCUUAAGUGUCAUGUUUUUAUUACCUGUAAAGUGGAAAAUCAACAUAACAGAAAGAAAGCUUUCAAACACAAAUUUCUGUAAUUAAGCUAACAUGUUUCAGUAAGUGAUAAAGUUUCUAAAAUAAAUGGGCUUUUCAAUUAUAUUCUAAUUUAUUGAAUGGGUCUGAAUUCUCAGAUGUACUUCUAGAAUAAUUUGAUCAGCUUUCAUUUUAACAUGUUUUGUAUUUUGUGAUUCUUUUAUUAUUUCCAUUUUACUAUAUAUUUGUUUUUUUUUAAUGUUUUUUGAAUAUCUUUGGCUGUGUUAACAGAGGUGACCAAAAAAUAUUUGCAAAGUUGUGCAUUUUAGUGUAAACUUUAUUUUUCUUCAUGUGAUUUUUGUUCAGUUGUUUCAUAUAACUUUUAAACCAAAUAGAGAAGUGUCUGGUGCAUUUUUAUGCCAUUAAAAACACUUUAAAAUCAUACAAUUGCAACUGGAUCCCAUUUCUUUUAUGUAUUUAUUGAUUUUAAAGGAUUUUUCAGUUAGUUGAAAAUAUUAUUUUUAUAUCACAUAAAAGAUGUUAUAACCAGACUGAUUCAUUUAAUGGAUAGAUAAGUCAAUACAUUUUGUAAACAAGGCCAGAGUUGUUUAACAAAAAGCAGAGUUGCCAUCUGUACUUCUAAAAAAUGGGCUACCAAAUUUAGGAAAUAAUUUUAAAUUAUUAGUCUUUGUCUAAACAGAGCCUCUUACAGUUAAUGUUUAGUGUGACCUUCUUACUGCAAGGCAACAGAGAUAACUCAAACAUUUCAAGGAAUUAAUGCUGCAUAUGUAGCAUGUGUGUAAAAAUGUUUAUACUUCACCCCAAAUUCAUUCCUCAUUAACUGGUAUAUUUGUUUUUCUUGUUUUAUGAAUUGUAUUUUAUUUUGGUGGAGAAGCUUUUAUUUUCUUGUUUCCUGUUUCCGGGUCACAUCCUGUGUGUUCGCACUGCUUCCUCAGUUCCCGCCGAGCUUCGCUGGGGAUGAACAAACAGAGCUGUCUUCUAUUUGUGUAUUAAAAUAUUGAAAAUGUCCUAAAAAGUAUGUUUGCUAACACAACUUGUUAUACAUUAUUAUUAAAAUGUUUUAUGUUCAGCGCAGCACUUUAUUGGGUAUUUAAUUCCCACGUUAGUGACAUUUAUCGAGUUUUAUCGUGCAAACGUGGUCAUUUGUGUUCUUGUGGCUGUCUAAGGUGUGUGUGGGGAAGCCAGAGCCCAAAAACUGCUGUGCUGAAAAUAUUCUUGUUUUAACCAGAAUAAACCUGCCCUGUUAGCUGCAAUACUGCCAUGGUUCUUGUCUGCUGGUUUCUUUUGGCCAUUACACACAACAGAGGAGUCAGAUGAAGUCAGCUACACGUUCAUGUAAAAUAAUAUAAGCUUUUUAGAUUUUAUCAAAUAGAUGCAAUGAAAC